GGGUGUGGUUGUUGCUUCUCAUUUGAUAGUGUGGGGGUGGGUGGCGUGGUCGGGUCGGCCUGUUGUGCAAGUCGUGCCCACUUGCCACGCCUUACACAUCGAGAAUUCAGCAGAUCGCGCCGAGGGGAAUUGAUUUAAUUGAGCGCAGCUGAGCCUCGGUGGCUGGGGUUGGUGGGUACGCCUUUGGACGGGUGGGGGCGGCGCGCUCGCCAACAAUAGGCUCAGAUUUUCCAAGAGGCAUAGACAUUAAAUUCGUUUGGCUCCCCUUAUACAGUAUUCGGAUCAAAUUAAUCGGCGACCGAGGCCAAUGUUGCCUCUGUGCGUCUUUACAAUAGUCGACAAUGAAGCGGUUUAAGUCUCCUAACCCUUUCAGCCGUCCUGUCAACGUAUGUACAGCGUUUUGUCAAUCCACUGCUGGAUGAUGGGGGCUGAGGAGGCUAUUUUCGUCGUUAAAGAAGCGUGGGUUUUAUUGACAGUACUUAACGUUGCUCGGUGGAGGUUGGUGAAAUUGGGGAGCAUGGAAGCACAGUACAAUACCUGCCAUUUGCUGCACUGCACUCUGCCUUUUGAUAUCCUGGUGUGCAUGGUGGGCACUCAUCGAGAUUUCAACCUCUGCUCAGCUUCCAAUAUAUCGGUGGUGUUGGGAAUUGUGAUGUUUAUUUGAUUUGAUGGUUCUGUGCUUGGUGGCUGGAGUUGCUAGUGGAAAUCAUGAUGAUAUAGUGGUCGUAGUGCAGUUUUAGUGAUAGUCAAAGCUAUUUCUGACUUAAAUGUAGAGGUAGAGGUUCAUCUAUUUACAGUCCCAAGUCGGUGGUUAAAAUUACAUUCCUAUGGCAUGGGUGAGUCGAUUAAUGAGGACCAGCAUUUUGGAGACUUACCCUCAAGUGAGUACUAAUUUUAUCAGCCCCGGAGGAAUGAUGGGCUGAAUCAACCCCGAGCCAGGAUUGGAACCCAUUCCGACAGCGAACCGCUUGGGUGUUCCCGCUGAAUCACGUGGCCGGAUUAUUACUAUGGAAUUAUAAGUUUUAGUUGCGGGUUUAAUGUUCCUCUAUAUUGCGGUAGUUGGAUUCGUUUUUGUAGAGAAAAUGUGGCUGUGUAACUGUUUUGCAGUUAUAUCUGUGGGUGUUGUGACGGUUGAUUUUUUUAAAAUGAUUUGUUCAAGUUGGAAGUUGUAGUUAAAUCGUUGUGGUUGGUGGGUUUUGAUUAUGGUCGUUGCGGCGGGUGGCGGUGUAAAAGAAAGUUAGCUUUGUUUUUAGAUUGAAUUAACCUGCGCUCUCGUUUGAUUACGGUACUUCAAAAUGAAUCGGCUGCUCACCCCCCAUUGGCCGCGCGUGCACGUGGAUGAGCGGUGCACGCGCAUCAAGCGAUGGCUAAACGAGACUCACGUGAUUCAUUAACCCGCCCCACUGCCAAUCCCCCUCAUUAACCCGGCUGGCUCCCAAACACGUGCGCACAAUCGACUAUUGUCUGCGUUUAUCACCUGCAUUUGAACACGAUUCAAUGACGUUUUCACUGGAAACCGGUCCUCGAGUCGAAUUCGCCUGAAUAAAACGUGAGGGCGCUUUACCUGAUUGCUUAGUUGUGAAACGCACGUGACUCGUGUGCACACCUUUGCAGCUAACGGUACACGAAUCGAGUAAUAUGUACAACGCCUUACGCGUGGUUACUGUAUUGUUUUUUCUAGUUCGGCAAACAAUUGUGUGGAACGCUUUAUAACAAGUGCCAACGUAAAGUAGGCCCUACUGCAGUAAAUAUUUCAACAAUAGUGUACUGCAGUAGCACCAAUGCUUGUAAAAUAAUGUAAAUGUUUUUGUUAUACACUGCUGGAUGCAGGCCUCCCCUCUACACGCCCAUGUCUUAUCAUGGGAGUUUGUUUGAUCCUACUUAACGUUGAUUUGUGUGGGCUGGCGGAGGCGGAUAACAGACUUUCAGAUAUCACUUGCCAUCGGAAAAUCAUUUGGGCGGCAGUUGUUGGUCUUGUCGGUGAGGGGGGGAAAAAAAAUUGAAACCACCACGCCCCCACCCCGCAGUGUUUGUAUAUCCCCUUUUAUAUACAGUGUAUCCACUGCUGGAUGAGGAUCUCCCAUACACUUUGUCGUGCAGGGUGGGUUAUUUGACCCUACUUCCCCACGCCCGUUAGACAGUGCUGCUUACUGUAUUGAUAAAAACAAUCGUGGAAUAUUUUUGAGAAGACGAUUUUUUGAUAAAUAAAACUGCAUUAACUGCACAGCAAGCGCAACGGCUCUUUGCAAAUUGCCCAAGGUAAUAAUUGUUCUUUAUUAAAGCCAAAUGCGCAAGCCUUGAAGUUUAUGUUGCUGGCUAUUUUCCCUUUUGCCGAUGUGGUUGUAGUAGUUGGCUCCUCUUGGAUUAUGGUCCACUGUAUUUUGUUUUUUCCUUCAUCCUGAAGACUAAUAUGAUUUUGAUGUCACCCAAUGUUGUAGCACCUUUUCAAUAUAAGGCCAUCAUGCUCUUGCGAGUGUUGGUAGCAGUGUUGGUUUGUCAUGGAUGGGGUGAUGUAGCUGGGUUUAAUAUCGUUGGUGCCGCAGGCGACUUGCAGCGGUGACAUGGCCCACUAAAUGACUUUGAGCAAUUGGUAAACACGAAGAGCAAUUCUUAGCAACACUUUGAUGAAAAAUACUCCACCAAAUAGGAUGUAAUGUUUUGGUGCGUGUGUGGAUUGUGUUUUUGUUAUACAAUUUCCAAGAUAAAUGUCCAGAUUCAAAUAAUGAGAAUGCCUUACGAGUAAAAGUGAGCACCAUUUUAUUACCACGCUCAGUGGUUCGUUUGUACAUGUACUGACUGCCCUAUUAAUCCACCUCGUGAGCGACCUCCACACCUCAUGCGUUAAAAGCACGGUAAAGUAUGAUCAAAUAAUCCUCGCGACCCACAGUUUGUUUAGGCUGCAUUAAUUUUAGUGGACAUGCAAAAUGGCAUAGUAGGUGCAUUCAUUUGUAAGUUUGGCGAGAUGGUGAGUAGUGUUUUUAGCUUCGUUGUGUCUGCUUUCGAUAAUUAGAGACGUAGAGUGGCCGUAGAAACGUGAUGUAUUAAAAAAAACUUGACACUGACAUUCAAAUUAUAAAACAUCUUGGUGUUUUUUUUAAGGAAAAAUCUCACCGUAUGUAAAUGUGCCAUGUGUGAAAUGAGAUACGUGUAGAGUUUACCAGUUCAGUGCGAACGUGAAUCCCUCUUUGCCAGAUUUUCCCAAAACCUUUGACCCAGUCAAAAAUCUUGCCUAUGGCCAGUUGCUGGUGGCCAUUAUUUCCAAAGCCGCUCGUAUCCGAUGAGCGGGUUGCUGUUGAAUCUUAAGAGGAAUGGUGGGACAGUGGUUAGCACUCGGCACAGUGAGCUUUGGUAACCUUGUUUUCAAUUCCUCGUCGUGGCUAAGGUCAGCGGUGAAUGAUAUCUGAACUCGUUUUGGGUUCGCCUGCUGCACAGGCGUUGUAAGGUAUGUUCGGACUACCCCCCCCCCCAUGAUUUAAAAAAAACUAAAUAUCUAUAACGUGUACACUUUCACGUGCAUGUUUGCCAUUUUAUUUAUGUUGAUACAAAGCUUUGUAAUGUAAAAUAAAUCCUUUGACAAUCCACUGUUGGAUAAAGACCUCACACUGUGGCGUUGUUGGGGGGUUGUUUGACCAUACUUCAUCACGAUGGUCAAUGCAGGUUGUUAGGGGAGGGGGGAAGUGUGGAGAUGCAGGACAAGUUCAGAUAUCACCACUUAUGUUAGUCAUGUGCACUCACCUUUUUACUUGUACACGACAGUCAAUGUUUUUAUACUUUAUUCACAUACGCAGAAACCCGUAUAGGCUGUGUACCAUGUAUAAAGCCCUCAAGCUACACGGCAGCUGAUGGAUGGUGCAGCCAUUAAUAAUUUUGACUAGAGAGUGAUGCAUCACAACCAUCUUAAUGCAAUGUAAUGUAAUGCGAGCUGGGGGUUUUCAGCCAUGAGCUGUGGGAGUGCUUGGCUCGAUUUUGUGCGAGCAAUUAACUAUGUUCAUUAAUGGGGUCAAGAAGGGUUACCCUUACCUGAGGAAUUAUUGAGUAGGUGCGAAUAUGUACGUGUCAAUGUCAGCGUGCUAGUAUUAGCAUACGCGUUUGCAUAUCCAUUUACAUGCACAUGUGCUUUGUUUGGGUGGCUGCCGAGUCUGCACAAUUUACUCCGCUCUUGGAUGAAUCCUUGGGAUUUUACGUUGCGCCUUCAUUCGGGAAUCGAUACUUUUUUUAUCGUCGAGUUUAUAUUUUACAGCCACGUUUGGCUUAUUUGUUGACCAUAACUGAGCAUGUAAUUUGCAUACAUCGUAAAUAUUACAAGCCCAUUUCGAUACAUUGUAAGUGUUUCAAUGUAUUUUAAUUCGAAUCAAUACUUGGAGACUGCUCGGUGACCUUUAAGUGCAUUUGCGUGGCCUGUGUACUUUUCUGACAUAGCUUGCUUCUCUUCCCAGAAGUGGCUGAUUUAUUAUUUGUGGAGGAGAAAGUUGGGGGGGGGGUGCUGGCAGAUAAGGUUCACAGUUUCAGUGACUCGAAUAAAGAGGACAACUAUUCAGUCUUGUGCAUGGCAAUAUCGAGAGACAUGCCAAUGUUGCGAGGUCUGCUUACUACAAGAGGGCUUCUUCAGAGUUUGUAUGUUUGCCGUUCCUUCAUUGAAGGAGCGCAGACUACAGUGGUUUGCUAUAAUGUGAGUCCAUAGUUUGGUGGUUGCAUGGCUUGUCUCGCAACGUGCAUAGCUUUAAUGGUCCACUUAUAAAGGAGAUGUGCGCAUCGAUCGGCCUGUUCAUGUUGUGAUUGUGGUUGAUGGUUACACAAGUGUCUUCCGAGAAAAGUACUCAACUUGCAGCAAUUUCAGUUGUACAAUUAUACUGUUUGCGAUGAACUUGGGGGGGUGGGAGGUAUUUUUAGCUGUACAGUGAAAUGAUCAAUUUUUGGACGCUUGUGCAGCGGUAGGCACGAUCUCUUUACAAGGCAUCAAUAAUUUACAGCCUAAAAAGCCUAUUCUGCCUUGAUGGCAGGGCCAUCAGAAACGGUCUUAAUUGUCAGACCACGCCUAGCAGAUUCCCAGGACUCGUAGGGAAUGGUGGUGGUAAAUUGUCUAACCUUAUUAAUUUUAUAUUUUUCUGAAGAGGAAACGACGACCCCGUUUUUAGGAUUAUCGAGUGUAGUGACAGUCUCAGGUUGGCCACCAAUUAUUGAGGGUACCAAAAAAAAUCCCAUUGCUUAAAAUUCGCCUUUUUUAACUUAAAUUGGCUAAUUUCCAGCUCUGAUAAUUAAGCACCGGUUUCAUUGUCAUGCGACAAACCUUUUUUCUCGUAUACAGAGUAGGUAAGAAAGUGUUUAUCUACUGUGGAUCAGAGGUCACUUGAAAGGAUCUCAGAGGUGGCUCUCUAAUAUCUGCUUACCUUGGUUGUUCUAUAAUCACAUUUUAUUUCAUGACACCAAUAGAACAUUCAGGAUAACAUGUGGGAAAAAUAAACUUUUCAAAAAAUACGACAGUUAUAUUCCGUGACAAGUGCCAACUCAAAAAAGUUAAAACAUUGGGAGUUUUCUUUUUCACGUUUAAACGUGGACGUGCACAUUACUUCCUGCCUCUGCGCGUGUUGCUGUCCAGGGUACUGAAACAUCCAUCCCUGCAUGCCGUCCAGGGUACCGAAACAUCCAUCCCUGCGUACAGUUCAGGGUUACUGUAGCAUCCUUCUUUGCCUGGGUGGAAUUCCAUUAUGGUGUGCCAGUAUUGUUUGGGUGGGAGAUGUUUGCCGGAUUUAGGGGUGGGGAAAAAGCAAUUCACCUCUUGUCUCGUAAUAGGGCUCGCUGCUAAGCACUUUGGGGUUUCUCAAAUAAAUUCAUGUCAUGAGAAAAAAGUGUUUUGUGAUACAUUUCAUUGGUCCAGUGGUGCUGUCUCUGCUGCAUCGUUCAAGUCCCUUUUUGGGGAAUGGGAGGACAUCACUGCUCAACUCGUAAAAGGCCACCCUUGGACAUCAGAACUUAAGCCAUAGUGAUUAUGGAGUUGAUUUCAGAUCCUGAUUGGGGAGUGUCCACACUACUGCCUAUGUCUGCAUUUUGUCUUGGAAGGAGUCCCUGACUAUUUAAGAUUCUAAGUCUCACGAAUCUUAGGCACUGUACAUUAAACCAGUUCCACGAUGUUGCAGCUUAGGGUAUGCUAAUAAACAAUCACUCAGGCAAGUUCGCAAACCCCUCGGCUGUGACAUGUCCAUCUUUUGAAGUGUUUGCGUGAUGGUGUACGUCAUGGAGUGGCAGCACAGUAAGUGGUGUGUGGACUGCACCAUACCCAAGCGACCCAAGUUCAUUUUCCGACUAUGGAUAACAUCAGCAGCCAUGUAUCUGAACCCAACACAGGCCCUCCACCACGUGAUUGAGGACUGGUACCUGAUGUACUGUGUAAACAUCAGCACUGGGGAGGAGACAAAUGGCCGUGGGGCGUGGUACUGUGGCCACACAUCCCCUUGGCCUCGAGCACUGUGUGGGCCUUCGUAUUUACCAGCUAGCAGCAUUUGCCCCCAUCAGCCUGUGGAGGCUUUACGGCGGGGAUCUGGCGUGCGUGUCUGCGUGCGUGUGUGUGUGCCGGUGCAGUUCUUGUGGUCCGUCUAUCGGAAAGGCGCUUGAUGGAUUUUCGCGAGUACGGGCGCCGGCCUCGUGGGCUCCUGCGCACUCGUAAAAGUGUGAGCGUGCGCACGUUGCGGCGCUGAUGUAUUGCCUGGGUGUGGCGGGCACACUGCAGCACCAUGUAACGCGCGUCAGCAUUUUGGGCCCCCUCCUCCUUUUACGAUUGCAAAACGCGGGGUGAUUAUUGAGUGGCUCCACACAAUUGUCGUACUCAAUACGCAGUUAGUCCAAACGUACGUGCCGAGCAGAGGACCCCUUGAAAGAGUUGAGACUGAGGCUUCUGUGGGUAAAUAAAGGACAUUGUUCAUCGUUUAAACGCAAACUUGGCAAACAAGGACGUGUUCUGAAUGUGUUCACGGGUAUGUUACAUUGCCGUAAAAGGUACGCCGUAUUGUCAAUCCUCUUAUGUAACUACUCUUUACACGUCCUAAUAAGCCGCUAAUGCUUUGCAAUUUGAAAUGGCUUAUUUAGACAUGAUUAUAAUCCAGGGAAAAUUAGACAAGCCAGCAAAACAUUGAAGUAUAGAUGUUAACACUGGCUGAAAGAGAUAAAAAUGAGUUGUAUGCUUUCAUGCUGGAGGAACAUAGCACAGUCAUCUAAUUUUAACUUCUCAAAUUGGUUGUGUGUUUGAAGAAGAGCGGAAAUAUGUUUAAAACGUUGUAGCAUGCUUUAUCCACACAAGCUUGCACUGCACAGGCAGGCUUCACAUAAUGGGUUAUUGCUUUGAAGCCUUUCUGAUUCAAAUGUUUUUGUCGUCUUUUGGCUUCCAUAUUUUAGGCUAAACGGAAGGAGUGUGGAUGGUUGUCUCAAAAUUGUCUCGCUAUAUUGAGGAUCUCACGGAAACGUACAACAUUUUUUUAUAUUAUUCAGCAUCGCCGCGCCCUAAGGUUAUUUUCGCAAAAAAAUUGACCUUAAGGCUUGUGGUCAUGUUGGCUCAUUUAUUGCUAAGGUCAAUGCACUUAACGUCGCGCAAGUUUUACGACCGAGACUGUGUGAUGUUAAGCGUCUCUCCUUUCGCUGUGGCGCAUACACAGGCAGUGCAUUAUGUACGCUUCUACAUGCGUGUUUAUAUACACUUGCAUGUAAUAUACAUUUUGGUUAUUGUUAUAUUUUGUAACGCGUUUUGGCGGUGUUUCGUGUGACCGCUCCGUUGAAAACCAAUUUUAAAAAAGGGUGCGGGGGGGGGUGGCCCUGCGUUGGCUCGCUGGUAAUUUUCCUCAAGGUCGAAGGAACGCAUCGCGUGCGCGCGCAGCUCCAUACGUCGCGCCUCCGCUGGCUUCUGAAGGUGCACGGCUGUCUGCUGCUGCUCUAUUGUUCGGCCCCGUCGUGGCGAACUGUAACAGACGCAGCGUCGCGCCCCUUCGUUCCUUUGUUGCCGCUGCGCCGAAUGCCGCUUUGAUUUGGCAUCACGAGCCGUCAGCGGCCGCCGCGCGGCUGAUUUAUUUACGCCAAUGCCCUCUGGGUGUGGCCUGCCGCUAGUAUUAAUCGUGAAUCGCCGCGCCUUACAGCUGCCAAUAAGGGCGGAUGUUGCUUUUUACUACACUUGACGUGAGGGCUGAAAGAAAAGGCCUUCGGUGGGCUGCGUUAGCAAAUGAUAGCCGCGUUUAAUAUUCCUUCCUUGUGGGGCGUGGGCGGUGGCUGCGCUCAUUUGUAUUAAAAAGCAGAAAAAGCCCCAUUUUAAUUGAUAAAAGGGAUAAAUGGAAAUUAUUUAACUCUUCGGAUGCUUCAUAGAAUUGUCUUGUCUGCAGCCCGUGUGGGGUCCUCUGUAAGAGAGGCGCGUUGGGGUGCGUGUACGGCGCACGGAACGAGGGAAAGCGAGCCAAAGCCGUGCCACCCGCACGAUCCAGACAGCAGCAGAGCGGGCGUGUUUUUUUGAGAGCGGCACGGGAUGUCUCUCCGCGUGAGUGAGGAGCCGUCGGCGUACGCCUCUCCCAGCGGGGGCACCUGGGACUCUCAGGGCUGGAACACCGUCUCGGACCCCAUGGACUCCCCUCUGUCCAACGGGAUCAUGUGCGGCGUCAGCGGCGGUGGCGCUCCCAAUGGUGGCGGUGGAGGUGGGGUGGUCACAGGGAGCACUUCGCCCAUUCCAACCGGCACCAGCAUGGAGGACAGCAAGACCAACCUGAUUGUGAACUACCUGCCGCAGAGCAUGUCCCAGGAGGAGAUCCGCUCGCUCUUUGGCAGCAUCGGCGAGAUCGAGUCGUGCAAGCUGAUCCGUGACAAGUUGACAGCAGGCCAGAGCCUGGGAUAUGGCUUUGUUAACUAUGUGGACCCCAAGGAUGCUGAGAAGGCAAUAAACACCCUCAACGGCCUGCGCCUGCAGACCAAGACCAUCAAGGUGUCGUACGCGCGGCCCAGCUCGGCCUCGAUUCGCGACGCGAACCUCUACGUGUCGGGGCUGCCCAAGGGCAUGGGGCAGAAGGAGCUUGAGGGACUCUUCUCCCAGCACGGCCGCAUCAUCACCUCGCGCAUCCUGCUUGAUCAGCUCACGGGCCUGUCUCGCGGCGUGGGCUUCAUCCGCUUCGACAAGCGCGUGGAGGCAGAGGAGGCCAUCAAGGGCCUCAACGGGCAGAAGCCGCCCGGGGCCGCCGAACCCAUGACGGUGAAAUUUGCCAACAACCCGAGCCAGAAGACCAGUCAGGCCCUGUUGUCGCAGCUCUACCACUCGCCCACGCGGCGCUUCACCGCUCCACUGCAGGCCCAGAGGUUCAGGCUGGACAACCUGCUAAACAUGGCAUAUGGAGUGAAGAGCAGGUUCUCCCCGGUCACAAUAGACGGCAUGGCCAGCUCCCUUGCAGCGGGCGUGGCGGCCGCCCUGCCGGGCCACCACCACCACCAGCAUCAGCACGGUGCCGGCGGUGCGGGCUCGGCGGCCAGCCCCGGCGGGGUAUCCGGCGCCGCCGCCGUCGCAGCCGCUGCUGCUGCUGCCGCUGCGGCCGCCGCUUCGGCCGGCUGGUGCAUCUUCGUGUACAACCUGUCACCCGAGUCGGACGAGAGCGUGCUGUGGCAGCUGUUCGGUCCGUUUGGCGCUGUGACGAGCGUGCGCCUCAUCCGCGACUUCGCCACCAACAAGUGCCGCGGCUUUGGCUUCGUCACCAUGACCAACUACGAAGAGGCGGCCAUGGCCAUCGCCAGCCUCAAUGGCUACCGCCUGGGCGACCGUGUGCUCCAAGUCUCGUUCAAGACGAGCAAGGCGCACCACCACAAGGCCUAGGCGUGCGCGCGCAUCCGUUACACUCUCUCCUUUGCCUGGGUGUCUUGUCCUUAACUUCCAGUUCCCGUUGCCCUCAUCCCCCCCCCCCCCCCCCCCAGGCCUGAGCUGUGUAUGUGUGUGUCUGUGCGUGUGUCGGGGCGAGCAUGUGAGUGCGUUUGGCGGGGGGUGCGUUCGUGCGUACUUUGGGUGCACCCGCACGUGGGCGCGUGAGAUUGUCCACGGAAGUUUUUCGGUAGCCCCCGUGGGAUUUGAAUGAAAAAUCCCGCGGCUUGAGACGAGCGGCAGGGACGCGAAGUAAUGCGCCUUGCCCGCCGGGUGGCUUUUGGAUUGGGGACGGCUCUUACGCGCUCGUGCGACGCGCACGCGAUUUUCUUGCGUUAGGUUGGGCGGCUUUCUCGACGUGUGGGGAGGGGUGAUAAAAAUUAAGUGAACCAAUUAGGCGAUUGAUGCUGUGAAAAACACGAGUGUUUGGGAAAUUCAAGCGAAGGUGCCAGAAGUCCUCUCCCUCCAUCCUCGGUGGUGAGAAAAGCAAUAGUGGCGCGUGCUACCCGGGGUGGGUGCGGGGAGUGGCACACUCGUUUAAACUGCAGUGUGUGGGGGGUGUGUGUCGAUUUGGGCACUUGCCGAGUAAAUAACAGCGUCUCGGACAAUGUUGGCACUUGCAUGUUUGGCUGUCAAGUUCAAUCUGCAAUACAAUAAUCAGGGGGAAGGUAAAGUUGUGCGCAGUAGAAUUAAGAGCGGGCUCACAGUAGUUGAUGAAAUUGCGAGUAAACUUUUGAGGUAAAUUUGUAUGGGUUUAUAAAGACUUGAGUGGACACUGCCAGCCCAUUGUUUCUUUGUUGAGAGUUUUUGUUACUUUUUGUUAACGCACUUGUACUCCUGUACGCACUCGCAUGCAAUGCUGAAUUGUAAACAGCCUAUGUGUGGGGUGGUCACGAUUGAGUUCAGAUGGGUCAUGGUUAACAGGCAUUUAAAUCGACCUUAACCUUUCCCUUCCCAGUUAAAACAGCGAGCCGUCGUUGCUGCUGUUGAGACUGAAACAUUUAUGCAUUUAUUCAAAAUUAGGGAAAUUAGUGAAAUUUACAAAGAAAAAUGUUUGUAAUAAAUUAGCCUAAACGUUGAGAGGAAGGUGGUGGUGGUGGUGAAAAGAAUUGUGCGUGGUUUGGCAGUCGGUCCGGUUGAACUGACUUGCGGGGGGGGGGGGGGGGGGAUGGGUGAGGGGGUGGCUGGAAUUGAGCCCUUUAAAAAGCUGUUAAGGGAUAGAGCUUACCGUUAAAAUGAAAGUCUUUUAUAGCUUUUUAUUUUAGGUAUGAUCUUAAUGCAUCACUUUGGUUGCAUUUGGCAAUUAUUUUGAUUUCUUUUUCUCCCCCCCUUUUGUCUUGGGAUGUUGCAGAACUUGAAGUGUGCCUGGAUAAAUAUUACUUGGCCAUCUGCGUAGUUUGUGAUGCUGCUGCUGCGGGAAGGUUACGUGGGUAAUGAUUUUGGAAAGCUUUGUUGGCUGUGUUUUAAAAGAAAAGAGGUAAUUUUUUGCUGAAAAAAUUUGCUACGAAUUCUUAAAACAAAACUAAAAUGAAACAAAAAAGGUUUAACGUUUUUUAUGACGGAUCAAGAACAAAGGGGGGGGGGUGGAUCUGCACCGUUGGGAGGGGAGGCAGUAGCCGUUGGAGCUUCUUUACCCCAGCUUGAUCUAGUUACGUUAUUAUUCUGUUGCGUUGUGCAAACGAUGCGAUUUGCGUUAAAAUUUUGAUCACCCAAAUGACCUCGGGUUUGAUUGAUAAGACGACUUUCCACCGAUUGGGUUUCGCUGAAGUUUGUUCGUUACGUUUUUUUAGGUUUGCCGAAACGUCGUACUUUUUUGAUGGACGAGUUUGUGUUUUUUGUUGGUGCGGGAUGCAUGAUUUUCCCGCAGUUAGUGGUUGAAAACUUGCCAUAUCUCGCCAACAAUAUUGAGGGGGCAUUGUGCAAGGUUUUAUUUAUGGUUAUUUAUAUUUUUGCUGUCAUUUGUUUAGAUGUUUACAUUUGCGGAAAUGUGAAUCGUCGCUGUGCGGUGGAUACUGUUCUCUUGAUCGACUUCAACAGAUGUUGGGGAUUUUGCCAGAUUUCUAAUCCUUGGCAACAUAUCAUAAAAGCAUUGUUUUUCUUCCAUUUAAUGACUUUAUGUUAUAAUGCCUUUUUCUAUUAUUUAUUAUAAGUAUUCCCUCCAGCCUUUGCAGUUUUGCCAGAUGUAGUGUUUGUGAUUACAACAGCAGUGCAAUUUAAACAAAACAAAACCAAAAAGCUAAAAAAAAAGUUUAAACAUUUCCCAAGUUUGUUUUAUUUAUAAUAAUCAGUACAUUUUUGAUAGUGUACCACUAAGCACGUUCUGCUACAAAGGGUGAUCAACUUUGCCAAAGAGAACAAGGAAACUCUUUGCUUAUUGCCGUGUAAAAUCUAUUUUUGUAAGCGCAAACAUUGGGGAUGUUUGAAACCAGACUUAAAUUCAGUGUGGGGCUGGUGGCGUCUCGAGUGGUGACCUGGGGGGGAGAGGACUGUGGGCAGCAAGGUCAACAAGAUGUAUGCGAAUUUAGUUUUUUUUUGUAACUGCCCAGACUUAACAAAACGACGGCCAACUGACUAAAUUAUCAAAGUUUAAAAAAAUCGGCAUGUCGAAAAAUUAUGCCUGGCCCCCACCACCACUCAUUCAGAAAUUUUCUUAUUCUCAAUACACUGAUUCCCCAGAUUCUGAUCCCUCGGUGUGAAAAAAAAGCCCGUUUUGUUGGACACAGCUGUGCAUGUCAAGAAGUGUGGUGGCGAGCGAUGGUCCAAUUAAAGCCAUUUCGAUAAUAGCCUGCUUGGAAAUUGGUCUCUUUAACACCAAAGGAAGGAAAGAUGGCUUUGUUUCAACUGUCUUGCAGAGUGCACAGUUGCACGAAACUUGCUGACUGCUGUCUUGAGAAGGGGAGGGGAGGAGGGUUGGUGUACGACGCAUGGGUGGGAAAACGGCUGGUUUGUUUUGGGGGGGGUGUUGCCCCGGUGUCCUUUGUGUUGCAAUGGUUGAAGCCUAUGGAUAGUUUGUCACAAUGCUGCCUUGUUGCCCACAAUUUUUCCCGAGGUUGGGGGGGGGUCAGCGGUUGAGGUUUGUCAAGCGGGUUACCAUUUGGGAGGAUGAAGUGCAGUACUCAUUGGGCAAGUGCUCUCUCGGCCAUAUAAAGUUUCUACGGGUUUCGUCUGCUUGUACUCUUCAUAGACCAGACGUUGCCAUGUAGAAUUCUGGGUAAAAAGCGUAUAAGCAGAGCUCUGUUCUGGGUCUCUGCAUGUGAAUAAAAAGUUUUAAGGUCUACGUAUUGAAUUUGUUGGUACUAUUUGUUUUAAGAAAACCUGACUGCUGAUGAGGCCCAGAAGAUCGAAACUGGUUCAGAGUUUUCUUGAUUAAAACAAAUACUGCCCAUUGUUAUCAGUCUGGAAAGCUGGGCUGAUGGACUAAAGUGAUUUUUUAUUUAUAUGCAGAGGCCGAAUAGAGGUGUGCAUUAGAUGUGUAAUGAGUCGAGGGAAAUGCGGAGUGUCAAAUCUGCUGCCAGUUUUGUUUUUGAGCCCUUAAGAGGGCAUGGACAAAACCACCUUGCACAUUUGUGCACGUGUAUCGGUGAACGUGUAUUCGCUUGCAAGGAUGAUUUGUUUUCUUCUGGGUUUUGUGCUUUUGUACCGAAGAUUCGGAUAUCAUUAUUUUGUGAGUUUCCAUAUCUUGCAUUUUCAAUAGUUGAUGUAAACUUUUGCUUUUCUUAAUUUGUUUUAACAGUUUACAGAUACCGUGAAGACUUCGUUUUGUAAAAUGAAAUUGCAAUUCUCAUUUUGUAUAAUAUUUUGUUGCUGUGUACAUGACAAUGUUAAGUUACCUUUCCCAAGUUAAAAUUGCUUGAGCCAAAUGUGGUUGGAAGGUAUUUUUUGUGUUGCAGGCAAGAGUGGUCUCGACAGGAUCUUCUCUCUCCUCUCCGUGUGAGGCAGCAUGCGAAUCGACUGAUUGGGGGCAGCCAAAACAUUUACAGAAUGAGAUGUGAACCCUCGCACCAGACUGGUCAGUCUUAAUACAUUUUAAUUGGCAUGAAGGCUCAAUUUUCCAGUCACUAAUUGCUGUGUGGCUUGCUUGCCCACGACCACAUCGCCCAAAGUGCCCGAUCGAUUGGUGGGCGACGUCCAUGCGUAACUGGUGUCGGGCUGCUGUGGGGCCUAGGUGGUUGGUAGCAAGAGGUGGUCCGUGCAGCAAAUUGUUGUGCACUACGCCUGUGCUCCCCAUGUCGGUGUUCGCUGACCAAUGUGAAGUAUGGUCAGGUAAAACCCGCACGACGUUGCGGGAGAGAUUGGACCCUCAUCUAGCAGGCUAUUGACAAGUUUGUGCGAGUUUCCAAUCGUUUUGGCUUCCCAUUCUCAACGUGUGUGGGUGCUGUGAAGAGGGAAGUGUUGGCUCGCAACUGUCGAUUCUUUCUGAAGAUGGCCCCCCCCACGGUGGCGUAACGUUGACGUCUUACAUUCAUCCGUCCACACCUGUGGUGCGAUUGGCGCAGUUAUGAGCUAAGCAACGGGUUACACGGUGCAGCUCUGCAAUUCCUUUGCUCAACACCCUCCCCCCAACUGCUGGCAGGAAGUGCCUCCAACUCGUGGGAGCUCGAGAGAGAGAGCCCCCCCCCCCCCCCCCCCCGUAGAGGGUAUGAGCGGGUAGGCAGAAUUGUUUUUGGAAAAUACUGUGACAGCAGGCCCGAGAACUCAACCGUCAGACUACGUCAACCCCCCCCUUUCCCCCCCCCCCCCCCAAUAGAAUUGUUGCCAUUGGCCAAGCGAGUUGGGUGGUUGCAGGUGGGGAGCAACUCGUGCUGCUUGUAUGGAUGGUCGUCGGCAUCCAUUGAACAACAGUUCGAGGUGUUGGUAGGAGUUUCGCGGCUCCAAACACAAGUUCCUAAAACACACUGUUGUGGCACAGUGAUCUUAAAAAGGCGAGAACUUGUCGGGUAAUGUGUACACCACUGCAUGGGGUUUGCGUGGUUGUGCCGUACAGCGCUCUGCUGCAAUGUUUUUCCGGGAGUUUUUUUUUUACUGCGCGUGGUGCAACUCUGCGCCCGUGUCAGAGUUGAACUAUCGCACGAACUUUAUUCAGGCACAGCGCCAACAAAGUGGUUUUGUUUACUUUUUUUGUUGUGAAGCGAGAGAUGGAUAACUUGGCGAUACGCACUAAGCGAAUGUAGGGCGUUGUACUUUGGCCAAAUUAAAAACAAAAUUGAUACAAAUGCUUUGAUUUACUUUUUUGAGGUCACUUUUUUUUGAGAGACGGGGUGCGGCAGGGUCGUAACGAGGCAUAAACAGCUCUUACAAUCUUGAUCUUCCUUUAAUAAAAUGAAAUACAAUAAAAUAUAUAUUUAAAUGAAGCCUAAUAAUAGCUGGGGGGGGGGGUGAGGUUGGUGGUGGAUGUGGAGGGUGUGCUUGGGUUAAUGGUGCCCCACACCUCCCCCCUCGUGCUCUCUCCUGCCCCUUAUAAGCUGGGGUUAACUCUUUAUCGAGUGUGCCUUUGUGCCACGUCAAUGUACCUGUGUGCAUUUAUAUAUUCACGAAUGGUGGUGGUGAAGCAAUGGCAUGGGUUUUUUUAAGACUGAACAAAGACUUGGUGGCUGAAUGGGGAGGAAGGGGAACUGCGCCACGUCAAUGUGUACCUGUGUGUAUUUCUAUACAUGUAUUAAACGAAUGGUGUUGGUGACGCAAUGGCAUGGGGAGGAGGAGGGGGGGUUGACUGUGAAGAAAGGCUUGGGUUGCUGAAUGGGUUGGAGUGCGCGCUUGGUGAAUUUUUGGGCUGAGGGUUGCGCUCGGCGGGGUGCGCUCGACGGUUUGCGCGCGGAUACUCGCCCGGAGGUCCCAACUCGCCCCCGAUGCAUUUUAAACCGAGCGGUGGUUCGCGCGUCACCUGGUCCGCCUAGCCGCUCGUGGGGAUAAAAUGUGUGCGUCCUUUGUUUAACUUUCCGAGUUUUCAUGAAACAUUUUUCACCGAGAGAAUCCACAAACUGCUCGCUUUCAAAUGAAGGGGUUCUUGUUUUUCGGUACUGGCGUGGCUUUGGCAGAGAAGGGGGGGGGGGGGGGUGGUGUGUUUGGGAGGUACCUGCCGAUGAAAUAAUGCUUUAAAGGAUUAUUAUUUCUGCCGGGGGGUGGUGUGUUUGGGAGGUACCUGCCGAUGAAAUAAUGCUUUAAAGGAUUAUUAUUUCUGUUGACAUCGGUAAUCGGUUGGUUUAUUUGCAACAACAAAUACAUCUGAAAUGCUUUUGUAAAGGCCAGGACACACGCGUGUGACCAUUUUUGUAGGCGUGCUUGAAGAACAAGGAGAGAGAAUGCUGCUCAUUAAAAACAAUUUGUGAUUUCUAGCGGGGCUGCUUCCCAAAAUGUAUUUGACCCGAGUUUGGUGUUUGAGCAAUGAACAAAUUGGUAUAGAAGUGUACGUGCUUCCACUGAAUUAUAAGCGUGGUUCCCACUCUUGGUGCGUUCGAUGAGGGUGGUGGUGGUGGUGGUGGGGUAGGGGACUCACGUAAUGGUCCCGUUAAAUAUAUAAAUUGUAGGGAAAAAAUGGAGGUGGUUUGCGUAACGUAAGAAUUUCUCAAGACGUUUAAAGUAAAGCUCCAACACGAGGUCGACUUUAUCGUAAGCCAGGUCUUGUAUCUCCCGUGCAAAACAAUCUGAACGCAAUGGGGUGGGGGGGGUCCCUCGUGUAGUUACGCAAAGUUAACGUUGGGAUUAAAUUGCAGUUCGUCUUGAACGUUUGAUGUUUUAACCGCGAGAGGUAGCAUUACUUGCCGCGUUUUGCAUCGAGUGAAACCAGGAUCAUCUUUUCAUACUUUCAAAAGUGGGGUGGGGGUGGAGGGGGGCAGGAGUGGGAAGACAACCCAAAUUCAGUCAUCCUUGAGUUCAGCUGGUUAUUAUAAAAAAGGGCCUUUUGUACAUGCCUUUUAAUUUCGCUUCCUGCCCAGUGUAUGCAUUAUUGUUGUUGAACCCCCGUACCUGUUAGUCGGUUUAAGUGACACCACAUGGUUGCGUGUUAUAGUUACUGAAAUAAACUAACAAAAAAAACUACAAAACCAAAAAAUACAAAAAAAA